UUCUGUGUCUAUGGUUUUAAGAUAUUUAGGUUAUGAUUCUUAUAGGUUAUAUUAAAUUUCGCAAUAUAAAAUGGAUCUACAUGUUAUUAACGAAUUGAUUGAAGAAAUUAAACAUUUAGACAAAGAUGAUGUAAAUUUUACAAAAAAGUGUUCAAAAAUUGUAUCAGAUGUACAAAAUAAUAAAUUAUCAAUACUAGAACUGAUACAAAGUCUUCAGUCUUUACUGACUAAUCCUAUUGUUUCAAAACGCGAACUAGGGAUUCUAAUACUUUCUGAUGUAUUAGAGAAUAUAUCUGACCAUGUUUUAAAUGGCCAACAACUAUCUGUAAUAUGUAAUUUUUAUAGUGAUCGCUUGAAAGAUAACCAUCAGGUGUUACCAUCAACAUUAAAAGGAAUAUUAGCUUUAUCAAAAUUUAAUAACCUUCCUGAUGGAUCAGCAGUUAUAAUUUUAACUUCGUUAUUUAAUAAUGUGGCAUGUCAACAACAGCAGCAACCAGACAGAUUAAGGAUUUACAAUAUUUUGAAAAUAUUUUUGGAAAAACAUAGAAAUGAAAUACAAUCUAUGGGAACUGACUUUGUUUAUGGGGUGAUGACUGCCAUUGAUUCAGAAAGAGAUCCCAAAAACUUAUUAUUUAUUUUUAAAUGGAUACCAACAUUUCUUGGAGCAGUUUCCCUUGGACAUUUAAGUGAAGACAUGUUUGAAGUUUUGGCUUGCUAUUUUCCUGUUGAUUUUAGAGCUGCACCCAAAGACCCCAAUGUAACUGCCACUAGAGAAGACUUAUCUGAUUCUUUAUGUCCUUGUUUAUGUGCUAUACCAGAAUUUGGAGAACAUUGUUUAUCACUGGCCAUUGAAAAAUUGGAAUCAACAUUAUUGAUAGCUAAAAUUGACUCCCUAAAACUUUUGGAAUUGGGAUGUAAAAAUUUUGAAGUUGAUGAAUACAUCCAACAGGCCUCCAAAAUAUGGUCUUUAAUUCAAAAAGAAUUACUUAACUGCAACAACCCUGAAUUGGAAAAGGCUUGUUUGCAAACAUUACAGGCAGUCAUUAAAAAAUUAUCUAAUGGUCAAUUAUACGUUUUUAACAACAUAUUAAAAGAUAUAAGUGACACAUUAAUUGGAAACAUUUUACCUGAUGCAAAACUUUUUGAGCCAUCUAUAAAACUGUUAUUGCACAUAGCACUUGCUUCAAGAGAGUCCUCACAAUUUAUAACAAAAGAAGUAGUUCCAAUUAUAGUUAACACAUAUAAUAUCACAGAGUCUCCAUUACAAAAAUGUAAACUACUCGAACCAUUAACAGGGUUUCUAAUGGCUUCUACCAUCCACGGAUUUAAUAUUGCAGAUUUAAAAGAAUUGAACACAGUACCUUUACUUUGUUUAAAGGCCUCAAUUGAUGAAAGUUUAGAUUUAAAAAUAGUGGGUUACAAUAGUUUAAGCAAUAUUAUAAAAUUAUUACCUUUAGAUGUUAGAAAAGCCGUUUAUAAUAAUAUGAUGUUGCUGUUGGUAACUAGAGUUGAUUUUCGUCAAUCACUUGUCCGCUGCUUCAAAUUUAUUGCCAGAGAAUAUUCAGAUGAGGUGAAUGUGUAUAUUAUAGAUAAAAUUAAAUGUGCUGAUGAAAUAGCAUUAGAUCUUUAUUUGGACGCGCUCUGUGAGAUAGUAGAUUUAGAAAAUUUUACGUCCACAAUUGUUAAAAAAAUGGCGACUCUUGCCUUUGAAGGUAAUCAGAUUAAUCAUAUUGUACUAAACAAUAUAAAAAAGAUGCUUGAAAAGUACGAAGAUAAUGAAAAUGUACAAAAAUAUACUCAAGAACAGAUAUUAGACAAAUUGAUUUCAAUAAUUAUUAUGAUAAAAGACAACAUCGAGGAUGACGUAGAUCUUUUAUUGACUAUAAAUAAAGUACUCAAGCUUUUAAUUGGAAAUUGUGCAUAUGAAAAGCAGCAACAAAUUUUGGAAACAUAUACAGAAUCUGUGGGACCUUUGAAGGAUAAAUGUCCAAAAACAUUUAUUACCUUACUUAAUGGUCUUUUAAUAAGAUUGAAACAAAAUCUGGGAAUUGACAAUAAAAUAUUAUUUGAAUUAGUUGAACUAUCAUAUCAUCAAAGUGCAUUUAUCAGAGAUCAUUCCAUACAACUAUUAGCUAACAUUUUAAACAAAGUUACUGAUGAUCAACUCCUUGAUUCAUAUUUGACACACAUUAGAAAUAUUUGCCAACAUAAACUUGAAACUGAUUUGAAUGUUGUCAUUGAAAUAGUUACAUGGAUUACAAAGGCUUUGGCAAUGAAGAAUUCAAAAUUUUGUAAUGAAUGGGAAGAUAUAUUAAUGGAAUUACUGGAUCGAGAUGCAAUAUCUGCAAAAGGAUUUAGAAUCAUUAUGAAUGACUCACAAGGUGAUUUGACUACCAGAAGUUACUGCAAUAUUGGAAUUUUAUAUAAACAAAGAUUUUUUACAUCUGUUGUAAAAAAAUUAUCGGCUAGAUAUGAUAAUGUUAAAAAUUCAUAUUUAGCUGCAACAGGCUACUUAAUUGAAUUCAUUCCUAAGCAGGUUUUAUUAAUGAACUUUGACAAAGUAAAAAGAUUAAUUGUACUAUGUUUGGAACGUUGUCAAGAAUCUGAUGUCUUAUGUGUUGUAUUGGAAGCUUUAGAUGAAUUAAUUAAAGGAGGUGAGCAAGUAAUGGAAGAUAAUUUGGAGGAUUUGAUUACAAGAUUUUUAAAGUUGACAACGUUUGAAUCGUCAAUGAGAGUCCGGGUCGCAGCAAUCAAAUGUUUGCAACAGUAUGCUGGAAACUACCCAGUAUUUAAACUACUGCCAUUUAAGCAGUCAAUAAUUACGCAACUGGGAAUAUGUAUUGAUGAUAGAAAGAGAAUUGUUAGAAAAGAAGCAGUUAGUGCCAGAAAUUCUUGGUACUUAUUAGAUGCACCUAUUUGAAAAAAUAAAGAUAUUAAAAAUGUAA